AUGACAAAAGCACUCAUUACAGAUAUUCGAGCUGUGGCGAUAACUCGAGCUGAUAGUACUCAAGUCGAGGUGGGGCUUGAGUUCAAUCAAACUGCUUCACCUGCAGAAAUCCCAAAGGAUGAUGAUGUUGCAAAAACCUUGGAAGAGGCUAUCUCCAACCCAAACAAUACUUUCAACAUCAGUGUUGAUGUCACCUCCAUCCGAGUAAUUCCCCCGACAGCUAUCCCAACUUCUACAACUACCAGUGCUGCAACUACAACUACAAGGGCUGCUACAACUAAAACCACAACGACUCCUACAACCACCAUAACGAAAGCUACUACAAUUGCUGAAGCAGUCAUAAUAAGGCAAUUGACUUUCAGAUCUGCUGGAGAGACAUUUACGACCGAUUUGCAGAAUAGAUUAUCUGCUGCGUUUAAAGCACGAGCCUCACUAAUAGAGACAACACUUAACCCUAUUUACCAACGACAAUUUUCUUCGUUCCGCUCCUUGACAGUGAUUUUGUUCAGUAAUGGAUCAAUCUUCAACACCAUGAUUCUUGAAUUUGCAUCCACAUCAGUUCCUAGUGGCACUCAGAUUGGAAACAUUUUGGCUGGUGCAGCUUCAAGCAUCACAGCCUUCAACAUUGAAACUGCCUCCAUUUUUUUGGAUGGCGCACAAGUUUCAAAUGGAGUAAGCCACAAGAUGAGUCUCAUCACUGCAUCCUUCCUUGUGCUGCUGUCAUGGCUACUGUCAAGCUUUCAAUAGUACAGCGCUGAUGUCUGUUAAGUGAAAUACAAUUACAGAAAGCCUUACAUACUUUAACUGUAUUGCAUAUCAGACGCAUCACAUAUAAAAACAUUUUAACUUAUUGUGCAGAUAUAAUUUACAAUAACAUUUAAAUUGAACACAGUGCCUUGUAUUAUUAUCCAGUAACUUUUCUUAUUUCUAUCUUUUUAUAUUAUCAUACAUAACUUGUGUAUUCUAUGAGCUUACCUGUAUUUUGGAAAAAAAUAAGGUCUUCUUGAUGAUCGGAACACAAAAUAUAUUUUAUGCUAUGCUACGUUUUUGGCAUCCGGAAAUACAAAUAAGGUGUAUCUCAA